CUCUUGGAAAAUAUGUUUACAACUGACUGAUACUGUUGACAGCUUUUUUUAAUUAUUAUUAUUAUUAUUACUACUAUUUUUAAAAAUAACGAAACACCUUAAGCAGAUUAUAUUUAUGGUAAAAGGAAACUGGACUAACCAUGAGGCCAAAGACUUUUCCUGCCACGACGUAUUCUGGAAAUGGCCGGCAGCGACUGCAGGAGAUCCGCGAGGGCCUGAAGCAGCCGCCCAAGCCCUGCUCUCAGGGGCUGCCCGUGGGACCAAACGGUGAUGCCGCCCUGGGGGGCAAGGAUGCUGCCAGGCAGCAGCAGAGAGCCACCCCCAAGUUCGGACCUUAUCAGAAAGCACUGCGGGAGAUCAGGUAUUCUCUGUUGCCCUUUGCCAACGAGUCGGGCACCUCGGCGGCAGCGGAAGUGAACCGGCAGAUGCUACAGGAGCUGGUCAACGCCGGCUGCGACCAGGAGAUGGCGGGCAGAGCGCUCAAGCAGACAGGCAGCAGGAGCAUAGAGGCCGCGUUGGAGUACAUCAGUAAGAUGGGCUACCUGGAUCCGAGGAACGAGCAGAUCGUGCGGGUCAUCAAGCAGACCUCCCCAGGAAAGGGCCUGGUGCCACCCCCGGGGACAGUCACGCGAAGGCCCAGCUUCGAGGGCGCAGGCGACGGAUUUCCACCUUACCACCCGCUGGGCAGUGCGGCCUACGAGGGACCCGCAGCGCUGGAGGAGGUGCCACGGCCCUAUGUGGACUUCCUCUUCCCUGGGGCGGCACCCCACAGCAUGCCCGGGCCCCCACACCCGGCCAAGGGCUAUGCAGGUGUGGAGCCAGCCGGGCCACACUUCUCUGGCGCGGCAGGUCCUGCGCUGCCACUGCCUGCCUCACACUACAGCCGCGCGCACCUGCUGGUUCCCGGAGAGCCGCUUGCGUACGGCGGCGUGAAGCGCAGCCCAUCUUUCCAGAACAAGGCACCACCCGAGGCUGGGGGCUACCCAAGCCUGACUGCCAAAGGCCAGGGGGCCCCGCAAGGUGCCGGCCUCACCUUCCCGGGCCCCGGCGCCACGCUGUAUACCCCACAUCCACACCACAAGCAGACCAGCCCCACCAGCCACCAGCUGCACGUGAUGGGCGCCCGGGGCCAGAUGUUCCCGGGUGACAGCCCCCCGCAGAGUCUGCUAGCCCCCUCGAGAAACAGCCUCAACUCAGAGCUGUAUGAGCUAGGCGGCACCCCUGUGCAGGCAUGGCCGGCCACGUCCCUGGCCCGCCGUGACUCCCUGCAGAAUCCUGGCCUGGACGCACCGCGCCCGCACACGAGCUUCCGGCCGGACGGCCCCACGCCCAGCAGGACCAACUCCUUCAACAGCCAGCAGCCACGGGCCGGCCCAACAGUCCAGGCUGAGCCUUCCCUGCCCGCACCCAACACUGUCACUGCCGUCACAGCCGCACACAUCCUGCACCCGGUGAAGAGCGUGCGGGUGCUGAGGCCCGAGCCUCAGACGGCCGUGGGGCCUUCCCACCCUGCCUGGGUGCCUGGGCCCACCCCGGCUGCAGAGAGCCUGGACACCAAGGACGAGCACGCCCUGACCCUGGGCAGCACCUACCCGCUGGACCUGGAGCUGGGCGGCGCCGACCGCAGGUGUCUGCCCCCUCCCUACCCGAAGCACCUGCUGCUGUCCGGCAAGUCUGAGCAGUAUGACCUGGACGGCCUGUGCGCCGGCAUGGAGCAGAGCCUCCGAGGGAGCCCGGCGGCCGAGCCGGCAGACAGGGCCAGCAAGAGCCACAAGGGCGUCAAGGGCGACAAAGCGGGCAAGGACAAAAAGCAGAUCCAGACGUCACCCGUGCCCGUGCGCAAGAGCAGCCGAGACGAUUCCGAGAAGCGCGAGUCGCGCAUCAAAAGCUACUCGCCCUACGCCUUCAAGUUCUUCAUGGAGCAGCACGUGGAGAACGUCAUAAAAACCUACCAGCAGAAGGUGAACCGGAGGAUGCAGCUAGAGCAAGAGAUGGCCAAAGCCGGCCUGUGCGAAGCCGAGCAGGAGCAGAUGCGGAAGAUCCUCUACCAGAAGGAGUCCAACUACAACAGACUGAAGAGGGCCAAGAUGGACAAGUCCAUGUUCGUGAAAAUCAAAACCCUGGGGGUCGGUGCCUUUGGCGAGGUGUGUCUGGCCUGCAAGGUGGACACGCACGCCCUGUACGCCAUGAAGACCCUGAGGAAGAAGGACGUCCUGGACCGCAAUCAGGUGGCCCACGUCAAGGCCGAGCGGGACAUCUUGGCCGAGGCCGACAACGAGUGGGUAGUCAAACUCUACUACUCCUUCCAAGACAAGGACAGCCUGUACUUCGUGAUGGACUACAUCCCCGGCGGGGACAUGAUGAGCCUGCUGAUCCGCAUGGAGGUCUUCCCCGAGCACCUGGCCCGCUUCUACAUCGCCGAGCUGACCCUGGCCAUCGAGAGCGUCCACAAGAUGGGUUUCAUCCACCGUGACAUCAAACCCGACAACAUUCUGAUAGACCUGGACGGCCACAUCAAACUGACCGACUUUGGCCUCUGCACUGGGUUCAGGUGGACUCACAACUCCAAAUACUACCAGAAAGGGAACCAUGCCAGGCAGGACAGCAUGGAGCCCAGCGACCUCUGGGACGAUGUGUCCAACUGUCGGUGCGGGGACAGGCUCAAGACCCUGGAGCAGCGGGCACGCAAGCAGCACCAAAGGUGUCUGGCGCACUCGCUAGUCGGCACGCCCAACUACAUCGCGCCGGAGGUGCUGCUCCGCAAAGGGUACACACAGCUGUGCGACUGGUGGAGCGUCGGCGUGAUUCUCUUCGAGAUGCUCGUGGGGCAGCCACCCUUCCUGGCGCCCACGCCCACAGAAACGCAGCUGAAGGUGAUCAACUGGGAGAACACGCUCCACAUUCCAGCGCAGGUCAAGCUGAGCCCCGAGGCCCGGGACCUCAUCACCAAGCUGUGCUGCGCCGCCGACUGCCGCCUGGGGAGGGACGGAGCCGACGACCUGAAGGCCCACCCCUUCUUCAGCACCAUCGACUUCUCCAGCGACAUCCGGAAGCAGCCGGCCCCCUACGUGCCCACCAUCAGCCACCCCAUGGACACCUCCAACUUUGAUCCCGUCGAUGAAGAAAGUCCCUGGAACGAGGCUAGUGAAGGGAGUGCCAAGGCCUGGGACACGCUCACCGCACCCAAUAACAAGCACCCGGAGCACGCCUUCUACGAGUUCACCUUCCGGAGGUUCUUCGACGACAACGGCUACCCCUUCCGAUGCCCAAAGCCUCCGGGGGCUGAAGCUUCCCGGUCUGAGAGCCCAGAUGCAGAACACUCGGAGCUGGGGGAUCAGACCGAGGGCUGCCAGCCCGUCUACGUGUAGCCCGUGCGGCCCUGCCACCAGCCCCUGGCGGGCACCGGUCAGUCCCCUCGUUACGCCAUGUGUUGCUUCUCGGUCUGUUCUUGGCCAUGGAAACCCAAGACAGACACUUAGGACUCGGGUCCAGCCCGCUGCGUGGCUGGACACUGGUGGAUGCGCAGAGGGGAAGGGUCGACAUGGUUUGGAGUUGGCGUUCGAGGACCUUCACUGCAUUAAAAUGAUACUUUUAAACAUUUAGUACAGUUUAGAAAGAGCACUUAUUUUGUUUAUCUCCAUUUUUUUUUUCUUACUAAAUUAUAGGGAUUAACUUGGACAAAUCAUGCUGCUGUUUUCUACAUUUGUAUUUUAGCCGUAGCACUUAACUCGCAUUUAGGAAGGAACGUAAGAACUGAAGAGCAUAUGAGAGAGAUGUCCGUGCAAUAAUGUAAAAAGUUGAAAAAGACACCACUCCGCUCAGACGUCGUGGAAACCAUGGUGGCAACGGUUUGGGUUUUUGUAUCUUUUCCCACAUUUCAGAAUUGUGAUAUAAUGUUAAGCUGCUUUUUUUUUUUUUUUUUUUUUUGCUUUUGCAUAUUCUAGAACAAUAGGAAGUGUGACUAAGGCGAUGGUGUGGGUGUGGAGAGGAUACGCGAGCAGGGUGUUCUAUUAUAAAAUUACCAUAUCUUGCCUUUUCACAGCAGGCCCUGUGAAUGCAUUUUUACCGAGUGUUUUUAAAUGAGGUAUUCUAAGACAGUGUGCUGAUAAAACGUGUCGUGUGGGUGACUUCUUCGCUGUGGUCGCAUCCCUUGUUUUGUGGAAGAAAUGCAGAUGCAGAGCUGAGAAGCGAUCUUUGUGUGCGCGUGUGUGUGUCUCAGGCAUGACUGAUUGGAUUCCUUGGGGGGGGUCAAGCUCAACAUCUGUCAUAUACUAAGCUUACAGACAACAAAAGGGAUCGACAUAGCUGUGCCAGCCGCCGGAAGCUCCUGCUGGGCCCCUGUCCUCCUUCCCUGGCAGUGUGGGCAUAGCUGGCUGUGGGACUCGGCGACGCUGGCCCUGCUUCAGCACAUCAGCCCGCACAGCCUGCCGGCAGCAAAGGACUCAGCGCCCACUGCCCCUCUGGCUCUGUGCACAGCUGGGGCGUCAGCGUGAGCCUGAGUCCUCCUAGGGCUCCCUCUCAUGGUGUUUGAGUGUGCCUUCAAGUGUUGAAUCUUAAACCAUACAUUUUUCUAAUCUUUGUAAACAGGCCAAGAUCCUCAGUGACAGUGGAAUGGAGAGUAAGCCAUACAUAUUUCUUAGACCUAUAGAUGUAUAUAUAUAACUGCAUAGAGAAACACACAAACUAUUCCUUAUUUCAAAUUAGUAUGGUUCCUAUUUAAAGUGAUUUAUAUUUGAGUAAAAUUUAAAUUUUUUGCUUUUUUUAAGAAAAUAUGACGCAUUGUAUUUUUCAUUAUGUUACUCCACAUAUUUUUUCCUUGAAGUUCUUAGCAAUAAUGUAUCCAUUAUUUAGUGUGUAUGUAGGAAGCAACACUUUAUCAAUGUUUAAACUAAAAAAAAGAAACUCUUGUGUACUGGUUUACAUGUGUAUGAAUGGCAGAUCCCGACCUCUGCUGCGCCUGCGUCGUCACUGUCAGUAUUUCUAUUUUACAGUGAUGCCAAGCUGUUACUUACAGCGCUCCGACAUGCUUUUAUGUGGUAGGUUCUUUCUCAGGAACUCAAUUUAACUAUUAUUUAUUGAUAUAUCAUUGCCUUUGAAAAGCUUCUACUGGCACAAUUUAUUAUUAAAAUUUU